CCUCUCUUGCUCAAUAAUCCGCGACACCCCCAGUAUACGCACCAGACCUGACGGCACAACCUACGAAGACUGGUACUGGCCCGACGACACCCUCCCCUACCACGAGAUGGAAACAAGCUACACCCACUGGCGGCAAUUCCCCGAACAUCCCGACGGAACCUACCCAAAGGAGGAUUGGUGGCCAAAUAUUUCAGAGGAGACUCAGUACCGUUGGCUCCGCUCGCGGUAUCUUAAUAGAGACCUUGAAAGUGAAGGUGAUAACUAUUCCUUGCAGCUAUUGUAUAGACGGUGGGACAUUUUCUCGGUGACCCGCGGGUGAUAUGGAAUGGGAGAUUUCGGUUUUCAAAAGACUCAUUAAAGAACAGGUAGGGCUGGUUGUUGCUGCCGCUGCUGUUCCAGAAGCAGAGGACACGCCGCUACCGCCAAUGUUGUGGUCGUCUAUGGGAGGCGAAGACCAGAAAUUUUGGUAUGAUUUGCUGUCAAGAGCGGCAUGGGCUAACAGGAAGGAUGCGGUCAGGUUCUAUGUUGAAGAGCUGGGUGUUCCGUCAUUUUCUUUUCCGUUUCCAAAGCUUCCCAGGGAGGACACUCGUGAGAGUUGGGCGGCUAUGGAUGAGGAAGCCAGGGAAGAGGAAGCGGAGGAUUAUGCCUAUUACAACGUUAUCCAAUCCCCACUUGAGAGCACCUUCGGGAGGGGAUCGGUUAAAGCGGCAGAAUACCUGCUUAACACCGGGCUGGCGGGGGAAGGAGAGCUGCCGUGGGAGGGCUUAGAGGAGAUGGGGAAAAUGUGGGACAUUUCGAGGAUAGAAGGGCGGAAGGAAAGGGUUGAUGAGAUACUGCAAUUACUGAGAGCACAGUAUUUGGUGCGUCCUGGGACGUUCGACGUCGGGAUUACGGCUGAGGUUCGGAGUCAACAAAGGUGCUGGUUGAGCGGUUGUCCUAGUCUCGUAACCGUGCUCUCUGGGAGCAAGUUUUGAGAAACAGGAGCUUUCCCAUCUUCACCCACAAACAGCGCUGUAUGAUCAUGAGAUUGGCAUUGUGAAGUAAGGCGUUGCAAACGAGUGCUAUCAGAGCAACUCAGCGGUGAUAGAGCAACGAUUCGAUACCAAUCCGAUCUUUCCUCAUGGAACUUUGCAGACAUUCGGUCCUUAAACAAAGUGUCCCAGAGGCCAUGGCAAUUUGAAGGGAGCAAAUCAAGGAACUCGGAAGACGAAAGGAGAACGAGCCGGCGACCAGGGAAAAGAAAGACAACAGACAAUGGGUGGAAUCUGUUGU